CUUAGAUACGCUACUUAACGAUCUAUAUGUCUUUGUGGAUGAAAAUAACAAAGAAACAAAGCUAACAGAGAUGGAAUUUGUUCUCAAAACAGUAGCCUCAGUUAUGGACAUUAUAUUUUCAGAUAUCAAUCAUCUUGCUAGCACUGCAUGUAGAAAAAUAGAUCUGAAAAUUGAGACUCAAGGGCAAUGCAUAGAACUUAGUCAUACGGAAUGUGUACAAUUACCUACACCGGCCAAAAUCGUUCAGUAUUGUAAUAAAAUUCUAUGUACUAACAAGUGCAUCCUUGACAAUAUUUUAAAACAGAACAUUUCUAAUCAAGCUGUUGAAGAUUCAGCAGUAUUUGCUUUCCAAUUUGCUGGAUUAUAUGAUCAACUCCUUGCUGUGGAUUUGUUUGAUAAUGAUCUAUACUUUGGCUUGGAAGGACCUGACUUCAAGGUUCCUUUGCAAUUACCUAAUAUCAAACCACUGCACCAAACAUUAGAGAUAUUAUACUACUUCAAGGAAUGUAUAAUUCAAAAGGCUACUAUUCUGUUACAAUUCGAUACACAAAUAAACCUAUAUAAAAAAAUUUUCCAUAGUAUUGAUAAGAAGCAACUAGAACCAAAACAUAAAAAGAUCAAAUUCAUCAAAUCAACAUAUUUCACACCACGAAAACGUAAUCAAAAUUGA